AAUUGUUUAUCGCACUCUGCCAGUGCCAUAAAUGAAUUACUCAGCUCUAGCCUCCAGUCAAGCAUAUUUGGAAGAAAAGUUGUGAGGAAUUGCGUUUUAAUUGUCCAACAAGAUACUAAGAAGAAGUCUUUUGUGCUUAGACCAAACAAAGACAUUGGCUGAAAAUGUCUUAUGCUUAUUUGUUUAAAUACAUCAUCAUUGGCGAUACUGGCGUUGGCAAAUCAUGCUUGCUUCUUCAAUUUACGGAUAAGCGAUUUCAGCCAGUGCACGAUUUAACAAUUGGCGUAGAGUUUGGAGCACGCAUGAUCACCAUUGAUGGAAAACAAAUUAAAUUACAAAUUUGGGAUACAGCUGGACAGGAAGCAUUCAGAUCAAUUACGCGCUCUUAUUAUCGUGGAGCGGCAGGCGCUCUGCUUGUAUAUGAUAUUACCAGACGCGAAACUUUCAAUCACCUGACUACUUGGUUGGAAGAUGCCCGCCAGCACUCAAACUCUAAUAUGGUGAUCAUGCUAAUAGGCAACAAAUCCGAUUUGGAUUCUAGACGUGAAGUAAAAAAAGAGGAAGGCGAAGCCUUUGCUCGUGAGCAUGGUCUGGUCUUCAUGGAGACAUCGGCGCGCACAGCGGCCAACGUGGAAGAGGCAUUUAUUAACACAGCUAAGGAGAUCUAUGAAAAGAUUCAAGAAGGUGUCUUCGAUAUUAACAAUGAGGCGAAUGGCAUAAAAAUUGGACAACAACAUUCUCCUACAAAUCCAUCUCUGCCUGGUUCUGGGGGAGCUGCUGGAGCUGCAAAUAGUGGUUGUUGCUGAAAGUAAAUCGUCAGCCAAAUCAACAAGACGAAAAUGAGAUAUAGUACACGUAUAGUAGCCGCUCUAAAAAGCUUUUUUAUAGAGGGAUGGCAAUUUUUUAUUAUUUUCUUAUUGGAAAAAUAGCAACAAAAUAGUAUCAAAAACUAAGCCCUUAAUAAAAUAAACAGAUCAUUUUUUAUAUGUAAAUUUGUUGUGCGUGAUCUAAAAGAAAAAAGCAAAAAAUAAACGGUAAACAAAUUAAAAAAAAAUUAAAAAUAUAUACAUUCAACGGUAUAAUAAAUAGUAUAUAAAUUAUUUCUCAUAAAUUAUAUAGUGAUUGUGAAUAAAAGCUGUUCUCUCAUUGUGGUUA